AUGAUCACCGUUUACGCCGCAACAUGUCCGAUUGCGAGAGAAAAGAGAUUAGACAAGAGCCCGGCUAUGCGAAAUAGACAAAAAGGAAGUUGGGCCAGUAAUCCCCUAACCGGGACCUUCCCACAACACACACGCGGCGCUAAGGUUCCCGUGGCAACUCAAGCUAGGAUUCGAAGCCAGGAUGAGCGGAUCUACCGUGCCAGGAAGACAUUUUGGAGGAUUGUGAGGGACAGAUCAACAGAGGAGUUUGAGUCUCUUCCUUAUAUUUGCACACUGCUGGGUUCAUCUCUAUGGACUUACUAUGGAAUCACAAAGCCAGACAGUUAUCUUGUAGCUACUGUUAAUGGUUUUGGUGUGGUUGUUGAGACCAUAUAUGUCAUCUUGUUUCUUGCAUUUGCACCUCCAAAGAAGAGGGCUAAAACUGCAAUACUUGCUGCAAUUCUGGAUGUUGGUUUUCUAGCUGCGGCAAUUUCAGGAACAUAUUUUUUACUGCAAGAGGACAUGAGGAUCGUUGUAACCGGUGUUAUGUGUUCAGGCCUAAACGUUAUCAUGUAUGGUUCACCUCUUGCAGCUAUGAAAAAUGUGGUGACAAUGAAGAGUGUGGAGUAUAUGCCAUUUCUUCUCUCAUUUUUCCUUUUUUUAAAUGGAGGAAUUUGGGCUUUCUAUGCAUGCCUUGUAAACGACUGGUUCCUUGGAGUACCAAAUGCUAUAGGAUUUGUACUUGGUACGUCCCAGCUAGUACUCUAUGCAAUUUAUCGCAAUCCUAAAGCAUCAAAGAAAAUAGCAGCAGAUUUGGAGGAUGGGCAGCAGAGAGAGCCCCUACUUUCUAUUCCAGAAGAAAAAUGA